AUGUCUGCUGCCUGCAUCUUCUGCAAGAUCAUCAAGGGCGAGAUCCCCUCGAUGAAACUCUUCGAAAGCGACAAAGUAUUCGCUUUCCUCGACAUCAACCCUCUAAGCUACGGUCACGCCCUCGUCAUCCCCAAACACCACGGCGCAAAACUCCACGACAUCCCCGACGACCAACUCACAGAAAUCCUGCCCGUCGCAAAGAAGAUCGCACAAGCAGUCAAUGCAAGCGACUACAACAUCCUGCAGAACAAUGGAAGAAUUGCUCAUCAGGUGGUUGAUCAUGUCCACUUCCACAUGAUCCCUAAGCCGAAUGAGAAGGAGGGGUUGGGUAUUAGCUGGCCUCAGCAGCAGGGUAACCAGGACAAGCUCAAGAAGCUCAAAGAGGAGAUCCUGGCAAAGAUGUAA